CCGUCCCCGUGUCCCGUGUCCCCACCCCCCACCGCUAUUUGCUGUUUGUCUCACUCUGCAGUUUUAAAAAAAUCUGUCUCCCCACGUCCUUCCACUCUCCUGGCAUUUGCUAAACUAAACCAGGAUUUUUUUUUUAAGUUGGUCAGCUGACACAGGUUUCUAAAAUUGACCUAUUUGUCUGUCUGUUAGAAUAAUAUGGCCACAGUUUGUAUAUAUGUAUGAGUGUGUAAAUGUGUUUCCACGAUGUGCUUAAUUUAUAUUUCCGUGUGCACAGUCCGCCAUCUUUGGUAAGGGUACCCCUGUGUGCUAGUUUGCCGUAUUUGAUAAGGGUACCCACAUGUGCUAGUCUGCCAUCUUUGGUAAGGGUACCUACAUAUGCUAAUAUUCUUUGACUUAUUAAAAUAUUCCUUUUAAUCUUCUUGCAUCUGCUAGCAUUGAUAAUCUGUAACUAAUUGGAUAAAAUACACUAAAUUUAGCUUAUAUGCCCAGUUUAAAAUAACAGGUGAUGGUACCCUGACUCUCAGGUGCCUUUACAGAUCUGAGGGUAUGGCAUUUAACAAAAAGAGCCUCUAACACAGACAUGCCAGCUUUUGCAGCACCCAUUAGCUCCUCCAAGAAGACUCAUGGUUCCUUCUACCUCCAGCUUGCCUUUGGGUUUGGCAGAGCCACCCACACAGCAAAAAGUGGCCUUCCACUGCUUCAUCUUCCUGGAUGCUUCACCCCGGGAAUCGAUCUCUUCCUCCUGCCAAGACAGGUCACUCUUGCUGCCUGGGCCAAGAUCAACUCACAAAGUGCUCUCCAGACAACACCAAACACCUGCAGCAGCUCCUGGGACUUCAUCAUUGGUACCAACUCUCCUGGAUCAAGGACACCUGACAACUAAAAUCUGGUUUUAUCUGCUAUUGUGUCCCACCCCAUGGCCAGUCCCAUUUUAUAGGGCCAAUAAUAACAAUUUUUUCCUCCUAACCACCUGCCUUCUCAUCUCCCUCAAAAAGCAGCUGCCUAAAGACUCCAGGAUGGCAGCAAACUGGAUGCUGCUCCAGCCACUCCUCUCACUGAGCAUGAGCCCAACUCCCAGCUCUCCCCGCUCCCACUUUGCCCCAUGCCUGCAGGAAGUAGCCAAACUGGAGCCAACACCACUAGAUCCAAGGACUCUGGGAUGUUUGAUCAAAAUUAAGACUCCAGAUCCCAGACCUCUGACACCCCUAUAUCCAAGAAGUUUGGGAUGAUUGGAAGUGUCACCCCAGCCCCUGGCCUGGGAGUUGUCUUGGUCCAGAUUCUAACUCCCAGCCUGCCAAG